AAAUGCUACGCGUUUCCGCGGAGAAGCUGCGGUGUUUCCACAGAAAAGCUGCGUGUUUCCACGGAGAAGAUGCGUGUUUCCACGGAGAAACGGCAUAUUUCUACGGAGAAAAGGCUUUCCGUGACAGAACAACGGCAAUAUUCCACGGAGAAGUUUGAUUUCCAUGGAAUAACAACACAUUUGUACGGAGAAGGUGCAAGUUUCUACGGAGAAGG